AUGUCGAUAGAUGCAAUAUCAUCAUCAUGGCAACAUUCAUUGUUUAAAUUUCUUGGUGUAUUGAGUUCAAUCAUUGCUUCUCUCGCAUGGUUAGCAACUAUCGCUGCUUUAUUUGAUUUAUGGGCCAAAGAUGAUUUUAUUCGAUAUGAACAUAAUGAUGGUGAUGUUGUAUAUGUAUCUAAUGUUGGUUCUCGACACAAACCAACAUUUAUUAUUGGUACAGUUGUUACAGGAACAUUUUUUGUUUUGACAUUGAUCUUUACGAAACUAUGUUUUGAUAUGGAAAAUAGACGACGAUAUAAACGAAAUAUUUCCAUAGUGUCUAUUGUAUUUGGUAUGAUUGCUAGUAUAUCACUUAUUCUUCUAGCUAUUUUUGAUUCAAUUAAUCAUAAAGGAGCUCAUUAUACAUUUACGGGAUUAUUUAUUAUAUUUACUCUUCUAUCGGCAGCUUUUUCUAUUAUUUAUCGAUUCUCACAUAAUCAAGGUAAUCUGGCAAUUAAUUUGCGAGUUUUAUUUGUUGCUGUGGUCAUUCCUUUGGUAAUUACUUUUGUUGUUAUGGGUGCACUUAAAAGACCUGAUAAUGAAAUACAAUUAAAAUCAGUAGCCGCUUCACUUGAAUGGUCGAUUUCUAUUUUGUUUAUUUUAUAUUUGGCUUUAUUUGCGUUAGAUCUUUUACUCACCGGACGCUUAGAAAAACCCUCGGCACCAGUUUUGGUUAAUGCAAAUCAUUAUUCAAUUGAACUUGAAUGGGAACAUGUUCAAGUUCAAGAUCAAACUCGUUCACGAAAUCGAAGAAUAUUUGAUGAAACAGGUGCAGCACACUCAGGUUCUUUAAUUUAUCUUCAUCAACGUGAGAAAAAAAUUGGCUCAAUUUGGGAGAAUAUUUAUACAGGUUCAGCAUUAGGAUAUAAAAUUGAAAAUUUAAAACCAAAUACUCAAUAUGAAUAUCGGAUACAAUGUAAAUCUGGUUUGACUGGUGAACGUUCAGAAUGGUCACCAAUAUUAUUAGCAGCAACAACACCGGAACCAAUGAAUGGUGAAACAGUUUUCAAAGCAAUUGCUGUACCUGGAAAGGAACAACUCGAAAAAUUACUUCAGAUUUUAGGUCCAGAACAUCAUCUAUUAGAACAUCCAGAUAAAGAUGGAAAUUUACCUUUAAUGCAUGCAUGUGCUAAACUUGAUAUUAAUAAAGUAGAUUUACUGAUAAAAGCUGGUGCAAAUGUUAAUAAUUAUAUUGGUUCUGGCAAAACAGCACUAAUGGUUGCCGCAAGUACUGGUUUUAGUAAAGCAUGUGCUUUACUUAUUGAAAAUGGUGCUAAUAUUUAUAGUGUUGAUCAAAGUGUUCAUCUAGGUAUAACUAUUUUACAUCACGCGAUUGAUAGUAAAAAUGUCGAUACAAUUGCUGUUAUUAUAAAACAAAUAAAUAAUGAACCAGAUGAAAAAGUUAAAGACUUUGAAAUCAAUAGGCAAGUUGGGCCACAUAAAUGGACACCACUGUAUCGAGCAGUAAUCCAUGAUUGUAGUAAAGAAAUAAUCGAGCUUCUUCUUCGUAAUGGUGCCAAUCCUGAAUGUCAAGAUAAAUCAACGUCUACAACAGCUUUGCAAAUGGCUGUUAUUCGAGGCAAUCUAUACAAUACGCAACUCUUGGUUAAUUAUGGAGCUAAUACAAGAACAAUGAGCAAAGUUAGUGGUAAAACUCUUCAAGAAUUAGCUUCAUCAACAAAUAAAAUGGAUUUAAUCAAUUAUGUUAAUUCAUUGCCAGGUGCUCCAAGAAUGUAA